AUGCAAAUCAUCCAGCCCGUGUACCCGCGCCGCCUGGUGUCGGCGAUCCCCAACAAGAUCCGGAACCACUUCGUCGCCGCCAUCGGCGAGUUCGUCGGCACCCUCCUCUUCCUCUUCCUCGCCUUCGCGGCCACGCAGGUCGCCAACACGGCCCUCAAGGGCAACCGCGCCGCGGGGCAGCAGGGCCAGGAGGGCGACGAGCAGCACGCGAUCGCCGACAUUCCCGACACCCCGACCCUGCUGUACGUUGCGCUGGCCUUUGGCUUCAGCCUCGCCGUCAACGCCUGGGUGUUUUUCCGCAUCAGCGGAGGUCUCUUCAACCCUGCCGUCACGCUCGGCCUCGUCCUCAUCGGCGGCCUCGGGCCGAUCCGCGCCGUGCUCAUCUUCGUCGCGCAGAUCCUCGGCGCCACCUCCGCCGCGGCGCUCGUCUCCGCGCUCUUCCCCGGCGAGCUGCAGGUGGCCACGGCGCUGGGCGGCGGCACCUCCAUCGCGCAGGGCGUCUGGAUCGAGGCCCUGCUGACCGCCGAGCUCGUCUUCACCAUCAUCAUGCUCGCCGCCGAGAAGCACAAGGGCACCUUCCUGGCCCCCAUCGGCAUCGGCCUCUCCCUGUUCAUCGCCGAGAUGACGGGCGUCUACUUCACCGGCGGCUCGCUCAACCCGGCGCGCAGCCUCGCGCCCUGCGUCGUUCUGCGCAGCUUCCCCGGUUACCACUGGAUCUACUGGGUCGGGCCGGGCAUCGGGAGCGCGCUCGCGGCCAGCUUCUACCACCUCAUCAACAUCCUCGAGUACGAGACGGCGAACCCCGGGCAGGACUUUAACGAGAAGGAAAUGGAUCGAUUUGUUUUUGACGAGGAGGCUGCGGAUACCAGCGCGCAUGUGGUGCGUCCUGAUGCGACGGAGGUUUUGAAGCCCAUCGUCUCUCUGGUUGCUUCCCCCGAUGUCUCGGGCGACCUGCUCCGCGGCCGGUCUCUCAGUUGCGGCACUUCGCCAGGUGCGCCCAGCCUCGCUCAACGAUUUUCGGAGGCUGGUACUGUCCCUAAUGGCUCACUCAAGGCGGACUGA